UCCAAUUGCAACAGCCGCCAGCAAGCUGGCUGAUAUUAUCCUCUUGACUUGGCCAGUCAAUGUUGGCAACUCGUCGCCACAAGAUGUGCUGCAGAGGCUUGGGCUUCAGCACCGGAUUCGUGGCCUUCUGUGCAUUUAUCUGUUGCUUUGCUGCACUGCACAUUCUCAACAAGAUUGUGCAUAUCGAUGAGAAGACAGCCCAAAGCACCGAGUUCCAAUUGCCAUUCGAUGCAAGAGAUCGCUGCCAGCAGACCUUCAUUGUGGAUGGUGCGGAGGGCGGAGCACAUCUCACCUGGCUGGAAUUGUUCUACAUGAAGUGGACCCUUGUGCUGACCAUUUGCUAUACGUUCACGGUCAUGGUGCUGAUACGUGCCCAGUACUUGAGUCAUUUCGAUAUCAAUUUCAUUACCUCGAAUGCGAUGAUGUUGGUGGGCGGCGUUUUGUCCGUGGUUCUGUUCAGUGCCACCGUUAUACUGCAUGACAGGAUGCCCUUUAUGGAGGACUGGUGCAAUCAGUUUAUCGUUGGAUUCAUGUAUUUCAUUGCCAUCAAUAUCUGUCUCGCUGUUGUCUUCUUUCUCAUCCACUCCUGUCAAUAUUACUUUCAAAUGGAGGACAACGGCAUCUGAGCUUCUUCACACACUUUAUAGCCACAAACAGUUACUAAAACUAGCUUUACAAAAGAGGAUAUAAAGUAACUAAAUUUCUUUAUCAAUUCGAGUCGAACAAUUUCAUUGUAAAUGAACACAACUGCAUUUGUGUACUAAUAAGGUGUAUAUUUAUUUAUUGCGUAGUGGAAAAUUAACUAUAUUCAUUCUGAUCUUAUUACGAGAACUUUUUCAUUUGACUACAUUUAUUCCAAUAAGUUUAAUCGAACUGAAACGCACAAGAGUUGAAACUAAAAUUGUUUGUAUAUACUACAACUAAGAGUUUGUAUUUGCUUCGUUAGUAGGACUCACUUUAUUAUGAUUCUAUAAAUAAUAUUGUUAUGCAAAA